AUGAGCCCUGGUUAUCUAUUGAGGCAUUUGGUUGUAUAUCUUCUAAUAUUUAACUUUAAAUGUUUCGUAGAUUUGACCAACUCAGAUCCAUCUACCAGUGGGACUUCCAGUUCAUCUUCCAAUGGUAGUUCUCAUUCACUUGGAAAUGGCAGUUCUACUGCUAAUCAACAAUCUUCUUCUCAAGUAGGUUCUUCUGCCUCAGUUGGGCAUGGAGCCAAUGGCACCUCCUCAAAUCUAACAGGAAGCUCAUCUACUUCUACAUCUUCCUCAUCUCAAGCGUCAUCUUCAGAAUCAGCAGAUACAAUCAAACCAGUUUCAGUAUCUAUUCCUACACUCUCACCUGUAGAACUUAAAAUUAAUAAGACUAGCGCUGAAACUGAGUUUGAUUAUUCUGAUAUAGGGAUAUACAAAACUUUCACUUGUAAGCAAGGUUAUGGAUUUAACAAAAUAACAAAACCAAAGACUACGGGUUCCGAUGAAGUUAUAUGGCAGUCAACUGGAAAUGACUAUGCAACCAAGGUUAGACUAAGAAAAGAUACCAGUACUAAAGAAAGACAAAUUCUUCUAUUUCUUGCCAGCAUGAACUAUGUGUUUUUUCACGCCGAUAAAGAUAAACCAUUUCAGAACUUAACUAGCAAAAGGCACGACUUCUUCAAACUAAAGGUAUAUACUCUUGAUAGUGGAGUUGAAAAGAUUGCAGCCCACAAUCAAUAUACAAUAUCUUUAUAUCACAUGUCAAUAGGAUGUACAAUUAAAAAUGAAUAUAUCUGUAGUAAAAUUAUGUACGAAGAUAGAGAAGUCUAUAAAAAAGAUGAUUAUCAAGAUUUGGGGCAAUUAAAGGGUGUUUAUCUUGACCUAGUUAGAAAUAGCAUGUAUUUAAUUGGUAUUAAUGAUGAAACUCGAGUAUUGGAAGCCAUGAAAACCGCGAAAAAUGUCACACUUGAUAUAAGCAAGGAUAAAAGCUCCGACGAAUUUGAUUUCAUUGAAGAUUAUCAAAAAAAUGUUAGAAUAUUCAAAGCAAGAGGUAAUGCCAUUUUUACUAAAGUCAUCAAGGCCGCGACGUUAAGUUCUGAUGAAGUUAUCUGGCAGACUAGUAAUAAUAUAUACUCUACUGAAGUUUUUACUGAUGGUCUUAGUGAUUUUAAAAAGACCAAAAAUGUAACAAUAAAACUCUCUGAUGGUAUUUUUAAGCAAUUUAAAAAGCCCAAUGGUAAUUGGGUAGAAACGACCAACCUUGUUCCCCUUGACAUUACCAAAACGGAGAGUUCCAUCGAGUUUGACUUUUAUACCAAAGGUGAUUUUAAAACAUUUACUGCUAAAUCUAGCUUUCUAUUCAACAAAUUGAUUGAGUCAAAAACCUUUGGUUCCGAUACAGUUAUUUGGGAAGCCCCGAAUUCUAGUGAUCAUUCCAACAAGGUAACAUUGAUGGUUACAGGUGAUGAGAAAUACAUGGGUUUACUACGAAAAGAUAAUACUGUUAUAUUGUUACACAAACCACCUAGCAGUGAUUCAUGGACCAAUAUUACCUCAAAUGUAUCAAAAAUAUCCGAUCUUAAGAUGUCACAUUAUGAUUCUGAUACUCAAAAAUAUUAUCUUUUAAAACCUGAACAAUAUAAAGUGACAUUUAAUAAUUUACUUCAUGGGUAUGAAUUAAAAUCUGGAGUUACUUGUCAUCGUGUUAAGUUCGGUUCAAAAAUCGUAUGGAGUUCCACAGAUCAAGACCCUUUUAAACAGGCAAAAGCAGUUUUUACUUACCUUCGUGCCAACAAUUUUAUUCUUAUUGGUCCGUCGAAUGAGAAGAAAGAAAUAAGUUCAAGAGAUUUACUUCAAGACGAUGGAAUUCAAGAAGAGGAACUAACUGAAAAAGAACCUGAUACAGAAUCGAUUUCAUCAGAAUCUGAUACCACUGAAUCUGAAGAACUUGAUUUGUCACUUUCUCUAGAUCCUUCACAAACAGGGUCUCAAGAUUCUACAACUCCUGAAACAUCACAAUCAACUAGUACUGGUGAACAGCAACCUUCAGAACCUACUUCAACAACUCCUGAAUCACAACCUCCAGAAGCUACUUCAACAGCAUCUAGUUUGGAUAGUAAUCCUUCAUCUGAAACAUUCAUGGAAUAA